AAAGUUAGGUGAAACCUUCCAUCUGAUUUAAUUUAAGAGUUUUUUAACUUUUUAAAAAGAUUAAAGCCAUUUACACUUCUAAACACUUUAGAAUGUUAUUUAGUAAAAGAAUCAGUUGUCAGGUAAAGGGACAUAAUUCAACGUCUGACCCUAUGCAGUAAAUGGUAAAGGUUUUGUAACAAGACGAGCCUCCAUAUUGUGGAGAUGAAUAAUACUCUUGGGACCUCUUUGAUUUAAAUCAUGUAGAAGAACAUUUUGAUGGAGCUGAUGGCAUAACCUUCUAGUUUUAGAUGUUUAUAGUCUAGCUUGUUGAAAACACUGAUACUUUUUCUCUGCUUCUCUUUUUAAUUUCAGGUCCCACCCAAGAAUGCCAUUAUGUUUGUUGCUCUGCAGUACAAUGUCACCUAUACCAUUGAUGACAACACUGGGCAAUUUGAUUUUUACGACUAUGGUCGAAGAGACAUUGCCACAAUCAGCUUCUACAUGCUUGUAGCUAUUAAAGUGCAUGCUGUAAUCCAGGAGUGCAUAUUAGAUAAAAUUAAUAGGUAUCUGCAGCUGUCAGAACAGGAGAAGACCAAAUUCAAUGAAUCAGGACAGCUUGCAUUGUUCUACUUGUUUUCAUUUAUAUGGGGAGCAAGUAUUUUGAAUGCAGAAGAAUUCGCAAUGAACCUAACCUCGUUCUGGAAAGAUUAUCCCUUUUCUCGUAUGCUUUUUCAGGAAAAAUUCUUCUAUAUAUGCCAGAUAGCCUAUUGGCUUCAUGCACUGCCAGAGCUAUACUUCCAAAAGGUCCAAAAGGAAGAUAUACCAAGGCAGCUAUGUUAUAUUUGCCUUUACAUUACUCAUAUCUCUGGUGCCUAUAUAUUAAAUUUGCAGCAUUUGGGGCUAAUUCUGGUGGUACCUCACUAUUUUGUGGAAUUCAUUUUUCAUGCCUUGCGUCUCUUCUACUUCCCUGAUGAAAACAUGCAAAAAGGAUUUAUCAUUUGGGCUUUACUUUUCAUAAUGGUGCGUCUUUUAACCGUAACUUUAUCUGUCCUCACAUUUGGAUUUGGUCUGGCAAGAGCAGAGAAUCCAGGUUUUUCCAUAGCAGAUGGAAACUUCAAUACACUCCCUGUGAGGAUUGGCUGCCUGGGUGCUGUUUGUCUAACACAGGCCUGGAUGAUGCAGAAAUUUGUACAUUUUCAGCUGAAGAAAUGGAGGGAGUGUAUUAAGGACCAGAUUCCAGAGAAAAAAACAAAUAACCCAAAGAAGAAACGAACAAAAAAGGAACCAGGCAAAGCGAACUUUGCCAGCGGAGCAGCAAAGCCAGAAGACGGAGCAUCACCAAGAACAAGAAAAUCAAAAACAGUAUGAGGAUAUAAGCUAGUAUCAGAAAACAUUUGAUGGAAGACUUGACAUAAAAAAUUGACACCACAGAGCUGUUACUUGGAUGUCUUAUUAUUUUAAUGGACACUAUCAGGUUUAGAAAGAGGACAAAUUCUGACAGGACAUCACUAAUCUUUCAGUAUGAAGGUGAGACUAAUCUUCAGUAAAGAUGCAAACCAUGUGCCUUAGGAAAAAUACUAGACUGCCUGUUGGCUUUUGCACUGGAUUGUACUGUCUUGUAUUCGCCAGGGAUGGGGGGAAGGAAAGUAGCUGAAUAAUUUAUAAUAUAAUCUUAGUCCUUUUGAAAUAAAAGCCAAAACUUCUAACUAUUUCUAAAGAGCCAGUUUCA